UCCUGCGAUUCCACGUGCGUGUGCCGAGCAUCCUUGGGGGAGCCUCUAGGAAACAACAGUUAUCGCCAGUCAUUAUGCUUGCAGAUUUGAGAACAGAGAAUCUCCUGGGCCCCAUGGCUGGUGGAUCUGAUGAGGAAAGUAGUGAUAACUUACACCAAUAAUGACGAAGAUCAGCCAGAGCACAGUGCGAGCCAACCACAAGACAGUGAAGAUGAGGAAUCAGAGGACUCCGACGAAGCCCCCGAAGAGGCCACGCUCUCCAAGGGCAGAAAUCAUGAAACUCAAGGACCAAGUGAGAGAGGCAAGAAAGAGAAAACUGGAAAGGAAUAAAGACCAGCAAGCAAAGAAGAGGCAACGUCUCCAGAAAUUGCAAGCGAAAAAGUUAUCAGAUGAACUCCUAGCAGAAGUUGCAGCAGAGAGAGAAGCAGAAUUACUGCAGCAGUCAUUGCCUGCAGCAAAGGGGAAACACACUACCUUUGAAGAUGACAUUACAGAUGAUAUUGGUACCAUGGAUGAGGAAGAGCAAAAGGAAGAUCUGGUGAUACCCUUGGAGCGUGGCGUCCAAGUCCGAGCAGUGAAAAGCGAGACCAAGAAAUCUCUUACCCUGGCACAGCGGGCUGCUUCAUUCCGAGAAAAUGCCCUGUUUGGUAAAAAUGUUAAAAGAAUGUCAGCGAGAGACCAAAGAGCAAUGGUUAUCAAGCAAGAGAAAAGUGGAAAGAGCAAACUGGUGACAGUUUCUUGAGGUUCUCCCCCCUGUCCUUGACCCACUGGAAGCUGGAAAAUAUGUCACCCAAUACACAAUUUUUUUUUUUUAAGGAUAGUUUUAUUUCCUUGGUAUAAGUAUGAAUGCUUGGUAUGUAAAAUAUGUUAUGAAUAUUAAUU